AUGGGAUAUGACAUAUUUGAGACCGAUUUGCCUAGUCUGCGGAUCAACACAGAGUGCAGCGACUUGGUCCGCACUUAUCUGCUUUGGAUUGUCUCCAAUGCCGAUAUUCAGAAGGCUUCCCACGAGAGAUUGAGAAUUGGCCUGCACAGGCAUCCGGUGAUAGUGGUUAUCAACAUGCUGACAAACAAGCUCGCUCAAAGCGUGAAGCUCACUAGCAAUCUCUUUGUCAGGGGUAAGGUCGAGAAGGAAUUGGAAGAAUGCAGCAACAAAGCCGAUCAGAAGGCCAGCAACGAGGCAGCCUACAGCGGCACCGGCAACAGCGGGACCGGCAACAGCGGGACCGGCAACAGCGGGACCAUCAACACCUCCUGA